GGUCAUUCCAAACUUAAUAAGCAGAAACGGCCCAUGGCCACACGGCCAACGCCACGGUCGCGAGACGGCACGAGACCACGAAGCGCCAGCGUCACCAGGCCCACGUCCAGCCCGCGGCCCUGCAGCUCCGACGCUUCCUCCUCCUCCCGCGCCGGCGCCCGCGCCGCCUCCCCCUCGCCGCCGGCGUCGGACAAACCGGUGCCGUCCUUCCUCCGCCCCACCGUCAGCUCCUCCUUGCGCGACAGCUCCUCCACGCCAACUCCAUCCUCCUCCUCCAAGGCACGCGCCGUCACGCCCAAGCGCCCGUCCACCGCCGACAAGGCCCCCGCGCGUCCACGGCCGACCACGCCGAAGCUCUCCCCUGCGCCCCCGCGGUCUGUCACGCCGAAGCGAACACCCGCGCAGAGCGCGCCCCAGCGGCCGGUCACGCCGAAGCGGACGCCCGCGCAGAGCGCGCCCCGGCCGGUCACGCCGCAGCGGACACCCGCGCAGAGCGCGCCCCGGGCGAUCACGCCGAAUCGGUCCCCCGCGCAGAAGCAGCAGCAGACGAUUCAGGGUGCGCCGCGGCAGAUCAUCGCGCCCAUGGACAAGGCCAAGGCCAAGGCGUCCACGUCGCGGUGGUCCGUGGUGUCGCCGAGGCAGCUGAUGCAGAAGGCGUCCAACGCGUUCAAGGUCGGCAAGUCCCGCAGUAAGAAGAACAAGGAGCUAGCCGCCCCGGCGGCAGCGGCGGCGGCCUCGGCGUCCGGCAAUGACGCAGCCGAUGUGAUCGAGACAGAGACAUCGGCGAGAGCUCUCCCCGUGGAGGAACAGCAGCAGCACCCAGCUCCUGAAACGACUCCUCUCGAUGUACAUCAAGAAGAGGUGGUCGUGGAGCGAAACGCUGCCCAGAGCGCACGGGAGGAGGCGACUUCGCAGGAAGUCGUCAGUACUGACAUUGAGACAGAGGAGCAGAGGGGUCGAGACGAGCAGGCCAGCGAAGGAGAUGCAGAGAAGCCGAAGGCCAUUCACGAUCAGAAGGUCGUAAUGGAGGAGUCUGAAGCUGUGGAGGUGGAUAAGGCACCGGUGCCGGGAGAGAAGCCACAAACCGGCAAUGUUGAAGAGACAGCGAAGGAAGCUGAAACGAACACAGAGGAUGAACCGCCGGCGGCCGUCGGAGAUGCAGCAGGGAAGGAGUCAUCAACGCUGCCAAGCGGGCAAGACGAACCGGCGGCCAGCAUGGCCCGAGAGGAGGUCGUCGAGGAGACCAAAGCUGAAGAGAGGCAGCAGCAAGAAGAACCGGCGAAGCAGGAAGAAGUCAAAGGGAACUCUGAAGCGAGUGCGAUCUCUGAAGAACCGAAAGAACAGGCCGGGGAAUCCAAACUGACCGCGGCAUCCAGGGCGACAUCGAUGCCAGCAACGUCGCUGGAAGAAGCUCUCGAGGCAAUGGACACGCCGACCAACGCUGCGACCACUACUUCGCGAUCGGAGCCCGUGACGCCGGCCAAGGAAGAUAUCAGCAAGGACAAGGCAGUGAUCGACACGCUGCUGAGCGCUUCAGCGCCGACGACGCCGCUGAGAGGAGGAGGAUCUGCCAGGAGAGGAGGUACGUCGGCGGCGGCGUCGAUGGCGAAGAUCCCGGAGGAGGCGGUGCGGCUGACGUUCAAGGGGAGCAAGGUGAAGACGGCGCUGGAGAAGCGGCCGGAGGAGGCGCAGCCCAAGAAGAAGGAGGUGGCGCGGAGCAACGACGUGCUGGAGGAGACCAAGAGCAAGCUGCUGGAGAAGAAGGCGAGCAAGGUGAGGGCGCUGGUGGGCGCGUUCGAGGUCGUCAUGGACAGCCCGCGCGCGUCCACCCCGGGAAAAUCCCCCAGGCCAGGUGAUUGGCAAUAAUUGAUUGAUUCGGAGGGAAGCUAGGGGUCCUGUGUGGUGAGGUGUGGUUUGAACUGUGACACUGUGUGGUGUUUUCUUUCUGGAUCUGAUGAUGUUCUGGCAUGUUAAUUUUGUUUCUUCUGUUGAUCAUUGGUUCCGCUGGUCACUGAAAACAGAUGGAGAUGCUACUGUUUUGAGCUGUUCAUUUGUCGAUUU